UCGUUUUUCACCUGUUCUUACAACUUUGAUUACCUAUGUCCUCAAUAUCCCCUUCAAAUCCAUUUAAUGUAUUUAUUUAUUCGUUAAAAAUUAAUACGCAUAUAUAACAUGUACAAAUAUAUCUUGAUAAGCUGUAAAAAAUAUCAACUAAGGCCAACAAGAAAUGCAAGACGGGAAUGAUGGCGCGCGACAUAAAUUAUACGCCUCAAAUGUGUGUUCAAAACAUCGUAUAAUUUAUUUAAAUUUAUUUCUCCGAUGACGUGGACUACUUAAUAUGAUUCGUUACUGUCGAAACUCCCUGAUAACGAUGACGAUAAUGAUUAAUAAUAAUAAUAGAAAAGUUUAUUGCGGACGUAACAAAUAAACAGUGAAAUAUAUGUCAAGGGCGGACUCUUCCAAUUCUCCCGCCACGCGAUUAACCGGAUAGCCCGUUGCUUUCGCCGGAACGUUUCGGAUGGUACGGUUUAUCUGAACGAUAAUCGAAAUAAAAUUGCCUGUUGACUUUCGCGCAGAGAGAUCGCGUUAAUUAUUAAUCAGCUCAGGUACAUAUAUGUACGUACACGUUGCAUGUCUCUAUUAUAAACUACUAUAAAAAAAACCUAUUAUUUGCGUCAUCUCUCUCGCGCUCUUUCUCCUUCUCUGUCCUCAGAUGUUUGUCGAUCGAAUAUUUGUGAGUAUUUCGCUGUUACAGCCGUUAUCGCGUCCCACGUUACACAUUGACGGAACUGAGAGAAUUAUGUGCGUAACAAGGAGGCUGCUCGCUCGUCGGUAAAAAGCAGCAAUAUAUCACUUGAGUGGACAGGAUCCAACGACGAAGUUCCUCGGAUUUCUUAAAAUCGUCGAUUUGUGCCAUGAGACGUCGUUCCUCGACCCCGAGGAAGGAGAACAGCAUUCAUUUCGUAGUUCCGUGUUGACAAAUUUCUCUUCGAACAAGAUAACCUCGCAAAGGACGGAUUUUGCCGCAACUUUCUAUCCCGUAUCCUCAAGUAAGAUGUCAUUGAUCGAAGGAGUGGGCGAUGAAGUCACAGAUUUCUUCAUCAUCAUGACCAUACUGUUGGUAGGAUGGCUUGCUUGGUGCUCGACAAGUAUAGCGGAUCAGCCAUUGAUACGUACAGUACUUAUCCUGCGGGACCGAGCGCCUACGCGUAUUACUUCAAUAAGAGCUAAUCAUCAGAACACAAGUAAUCUUAGUGUCCAAGAUGUUAGUCGACCUCACAGGUCAGAAACAGCAGAAGAAGACACACUAGAAACAACUUCGAAUAAUAGUGAUAGUAUACAAGCAAAUUGUCCAAGUGCAGCUGUAGUAGAUACGAGCGAAUUGUCUGAAGAUGUCUCGAGACCAACAGAAUCUACAACGGCGGAAGAAGUACUUAUUGAAGCCAUGGAUUCGUUCAGCAAUACUGAUCGAUCAUUGUUACAAAGAACAGUCAAGACAGAUAAUAUUGACUCGGCAUUGGACCAAACUACUAGUAGUUCAUCAGAAUGUAUGUCAGAGGAGUCAACCUUAAGUGAUAGCAGCAAUGAUAUCACCAUAAAACUGAAGUUUAUAAAUGAUGAUCAAAAAAUAGUUACAGGCAGUCUUAAAGAAAUGCUGGGUGAUUUUAAAAGGAGGCACUUUCAAAUAGAAUUGGAAGCACGUAAAGCGGUACGGUUAGUAUUCAACGGCCGCGUAUUACAACCUGACACUCAAACCCUCGAACAGUGCGGCUUGUUCAACGAUUGCGUGGUUCACUGUUGGGUACAUCAACCGCGACCAGCUACCGUACCGUCAUCUACGUUAGAUAAUUCAUCGUCCAUUUAUUUCAAUUCCCAGCCGUUUUCGGAUCUACCUACCGAUGCAGGGAUAAGUUCAGUACACAACGACUGGGACUUGAGCCGGCUCCUUGUAAGCCUUCUGACGAUCAUCUUAGGUCUCGCGUGGUACUCGCGGUAUCAUUACGCUCAACUUUUCACCGCGACAACCACGCUCGCACUCUACGCGCUUACAGCAAUCUUCACGGUAUCUCUGUUUAGUAAUUUCUUUUCUGAUCAAGAUAACAUUCGGAACGUGGAAUGAUAUGAUGACGAUGAUGACGACGAUUACUAUGAUCCCUUCUAAUAUGAUUACUUCUAAGUUCUAAUUUUAAUAAAAAAAAGCACCUUAAAUACAAAUCGAUAUAAUAUACAUUGUAACGCAUAUGACGUAUACUAUGGAUUUAACGGAAUCAAUCAAUCGGUAAUCUUCGUCGAGUAUUUGCUUUUAACGUAAUUUAACGUUAAUUAACAUUCUCGAGAUCAGAUUUAUCGUUGAUGAUAACGAGCUCAUUAUAAUUUCGUGAUUUUUCAUCUUGGUGUUACUCUCGAAAAUGUAAAACACCGAUUGCGAUAUUUCUAUUGAUAUAUAUUUCUCUGAAUUAUAAUUAAAUUCGUUACAUACAAGAGGUGCAUUAAGUUAUCGCAUAAAUUCUAGUGUAGCGUUUCUUACAGAAGAUUUCAAAAGAAAUUUUCUUUAUGGUGCAUGAUAGUAGAUGACCUAUCCAUCACU